AAACAAAUGUUAAUUAUUAUCGGUAAGAAAAGAACAAAGAUGUUCCACUCAAAUAAAAACCCCUCUUGAAGUGCAGUAUAAGUCUGCGAAAACAAUACCUCUCUCUCUCUCUCUGUCUCUGCAAUUCUCGCCUUCAAUCGCGUAAAGCAAGUUCAAAAUCUUUGCGUGUCCGAAACUUUCACAGGGCAAACCCCAAGUUUGUUUAAUAUCUUGGGGUUGGGUAGGAGAUUGAUAGUGGUUGAUAGUGGUCAGAGUGAGUGCAGCAGAGAUAAGUUUGGUGCUGCCUCUUCUUCCAUGUUUACGAGGAGUGGUUUCUCUGGUAGUCAACCUGGGAAAGCCUGGCGAAUUCUUCGACAGCAUAUUCGACUGCAUCCAUGAGAUCACUGCUGCUCUCCCCUUCACUAGGAUGACCGAUUCCUCAGCUUACAGAGUCGAUACCACGUCCCGUCUCGCCCAAUGGAGAAUCGACAGCUUGGCUUCCUGCACCUACCGGAAAUCCGAUCCUUUCAAGAUGGGCAACUGGAAUUGGCAUUUAUCGGUAGAGAAGAAUCGGGUAUUGUCCAUUAAACUAUACCCAGAAAUAUCAAAUCUAACGAGAGACAACCCCCCAAUUGCAUCUUUCAUCAUUCGAGUCGUAUGUUCUUUGGGAGAUCGAAAGCCACUGGUUCAUCCGGGAAUAACAAACAAACAGAUAAAGAGUAACGACGAUUUUGUUUGGGUGAUCGAUACUCAGUUAACCGGGAAGUGCAUUAUUGACGUCGAGUUCCUUGAUUUGAAGAUCUCAUCGCCAAACGGCGGUGAACCUUGCUCCAUUUGGGCUGAAGAAUCCACUCGGAGACGGUCCAAUGCAACAGCCCUUGCCUGCCUCAGUCGAAUGUUGUCUGAAAGUAUCCACACGGACAUUACAAUCAAUGCCUCCAAUGGGAGCAUUGUAGCCCACCGUGCUGUGCUAGCUACAAGAUCACCUGUCUUCCGGAGUAUGUUCUCACAUGACCUCAAAGAGAAGGAAUUAUCAACUAUAGACAUCACAGACAUGUCAAUUGAAGCUUGCCAGGCUUUCCUGAACUACAUCUAUGGCAACAUCCAACAGGAUGAGUUUCUGACCCACCGGCUUGCACUUCUCCGUGCAGCUGAUAAGUAUGACAUCUCUGACCUGAAAGAAGCAUGUCAUGAGAGCCUUCUAGAAGACAUUGACACUAAGAACGUACUUGAGAGACUACAGAAUGCUUCUCUCUAUCAAUUGCCAAGGCUAAAGAGCAGUUGCAUGAGGUAUCUCGUGAAAUUUGGUAAGGUAUUUGACAUUCGAGAUGAUUUUAAUGCCUUUCUACAAUGUGCCGAUAGGGACCUCAUAGCUGAGAUCUUCCAUGAGAUUCUUGCCACCUGGAAAGGCUUCUAAAAUUUGCUCAAGGAAAAAGUAAUCAAGUGUGCUUAUGUAGGCUAGUGUUCUAUGUAAUUAUUUCCAUGCAGAUGGAUAGCUGGGAUGAAAUUCUAUUUGUGCAGGAUUUGUUUCCAUUAUAACGUUCUUUUGUUGAGGUGGAUUUGAUUAUGUCAAUGUGUAUAUUUCUCCUUAGAUGAAAAUGUCAUUGAGAAACAUUUACUCAUGAACUGCUUUGUAAAAAAAGAUUAAUGUAAAUAAUUUGAUAUAUACCAGUAUUUAAUGAUCAGAUUUCAAUUUUUUCUUGAA